AUGGCUAAUGGACAAUCUGUAUGCCAGCUAAUUUCCGAACGUUCACCUGUUAAGAUCGGCAGCGGCGGACCUGGCAGCCUCGUUCGCCAAGUUGAUCCUCUCGUUCGCCUGGGCAGCAGCGUGGGCAGCUUUGGCCACGACGACUUCCGGCGUGUCUACCACCCUACCGUCGGGCCCUAUGGGUGCACCGGGUGCUAUAUAAGGACCAAGGGACGCGGUGGACACCAUAAGACCGGACCAAGGCACCUUGGCGAGUACUGUACCUCAGAUAGCGUUGCAAGGAGCCUGCGUAUCGUUGACGAGAUGAAGAGCCUGAUCGUUUUCUCCGCUUUGUUGGCAGCAGUGUACGGUCGUCCGAGCUUGCUACUGUCACCGUCAGUGGCAGCACUGGCGGCGCCAGUCACCAUCGCAAGACUGGUGCCAGGUGCUCCUCUUGGUCUAGAUGGCCGAGUCGUCGACACGCCGGAAGUGACACUCGCCAAAGCGGAGCACGCGGCGGCUCACAUCAACGAGAGGAUCAAUUUAGCCAACGAGGCACUGAAAUCCGCCGAUCUGAUCGCCUACGCGACACCUGUGCUGGCCACCAGAGUAGAGCCUCUGGCCGUGGCGGCCAAAAUUGUUCCACCAGCUCCUCUGGGGCCUGACGGUCGCGUCGUUGACACGCCGGAAGUCGCUCUGGCCAAGGCGGAACAUGCCGCCGCUCAUAUAAACGAGAAGCUCGAACACGCUGCCGAACAAGCAGCGAGAGCAGUUUCCUUACAGGUUCCAAUCGCUCUGUCGUACACGGCGCCGGUGAUUCAGAAAGUCUUGAUCGUCAUCUUGAUCGUCACGGUGACGAGCUGCAGAGCCGGUUUCCUUGGUGGAUCACCGUCUUACGGUGAGCCUCAGGUGCACCCUCAACCAGCACCUCAGAGGUACGCGCCUCCGGCACCGGUUGGCCAAGAUGGUAACGUGAUCGACACGCCGGAAGUCGCCGAGGCGAAGGCCGCACACUUCGCGGAAUUCGCCAGAGCAGCGGCCAGAGCGGCGGAGGAUAGCAAAAAUCAACCGCAGUCGGUCGACUAUAAUCAACUACCGGCCCAGACGUACAACUACCCCUCGAUGCAACCCACUCAACCUACUUACCUCAGACAGCAGAGUUAUCAGUCCCCUGCGCCGAUUUAUCACUCUGCUCCAGUUCCAGCGCCAUCGUACAAUCAGCCUAAUCCAGUUGGGUAUCAGCCGCAGUACACCGGAAAUACAAACUACGUUGGCCCGCAAAGUUACGCCGCUCCGAGUGUGAAACCAACCCCGUUCGUUCCAGCGCCUCUCGCUGAGGAUGGGACGGUAAUCGAUACACCGGAAGUGGCUGCUCUUAAGGCCGCCAGGCUGGCCGAGCUGGCCGAGGCCGAAGCCAGAGCGUACAAGUUUGCCCAGGAAUACAAAGCGGAACUCGGAGGUCAAGCUUAUGCUGGCCCGGCAGCAGCUCCAUACAGCGGUCAAUACAAUGCACCAGCUGCGCGAAUAUUUUCUGCUGCAGCACCUUCGUAUCCAACUCAGGCCCAAUCUCCGUUUGGCAAGCCUGCUUUCCAACCCCAGAAUUAUCAGCCGCAGCAAUUAAUAGUUCUGGCCGCAUUAGUGGCGUCGACGAUCGCCGAGCCUUACGAGGACAGGGAAUACUACCAGUACAAAGGACCACUGGCGCCAUUGACCAGCGAUGGGAUGGUGAUGGACACGCCGGAAGUGGCCCACGCGAGGGCCGCUCAUUUGGCGUUGCACGCCGAGACUAUGGCCCGAUUGAGGAAAAUGGCUCAGAACGAUUACGAGACGUACGAGAACAACGAGAUGUCGUACGUGCCACAGACGACGACGGAUCCCAUGGAAGUUGUGGCGCAGAAACGACAGAGACAGAGGACGUACCCUCCGCAGCAGGAAGAGGAUACAGCUCUCGAGGAGGCCUGCAAAACGUGCGACCCGCCCGAGAUGACGGAGGCGAAGAGCCCGCGCUUAGCUACGCACGCGCGAUCAGCCUCGAAGGCGUCCGAAUUUUACGAAUUCGACAUCUUCGACGGGCGAAGGAACUUGGUGUAUCUCGCCCCUGUCCGAGUGACCUACAAACACAGUCCAACGGUGGGUUACCGAGGUCCGUUGGCUCCACUGGGACCGGAUGGUCGUGUGAUAGACACGCCGGAAGUGACGAGGGCACGUGAAGCGCACAUGAAAGCACACGCUCGCGCUGUAGCGCUCUCAACGCAAAACGAUCUUUACUAUUGACCAACUAAAACGAAAUUCCCUUUGUUGAUUCAAUGAUAUUUUGGUAAACGGGUACGUACGAUACUUUGAGCGAGCAAUAUUCAUUAUAUUUUCAUUCGAAACUUGCCGCCUAGAGAAAUGUAAAGGACUCGUAAUGAAAUAUAAUGUAAAUAAAUUCAUAACGAAAAUUUUUGGUAACUCGAAGGGAAAUGUUUAAACUACGUUCUAGGACUUUGUAUUUUACUUUGUGUUUCUUUUGUUAUUUCACAAUUCCUUCGACUUCUUUGUUUCGUAAAUUGGCAGAAACUUAAAAUUUCGAUCGCACGUUUACCCAAAGAUCAUCGGAUUUAUUUUAAAAAUAUGAAUAUACAUUUUUAGUUAGAUCACGAAAAUUGCGCGAGUUUCUCCUCGAGAUU